AGGAAAAAAGCGGUGCAGGAGCACAAUCGGACAUAGUCGAGACGAGUUCUUCAACAAACGAAAACUGUAUUUGUAGCAUAAUGUCGUUUGCAAUUUCACGUUAUGUUUUAUAUCAAUAUCUUCUUUUUUUCGUGAUCAGGAUGUGCAAUAAAAUGGUACUCGCGCUUACCUCGGACGACAAGGGAGCAUUAUAUCAGAACUGUACGAUUUUCGAUAAAUCGGAUAUAUACGGCGGUCCAGUAUGCGGCGACAACGGCGUGACAUACGCUAAUAGUUUUUAUUUAGAUUGUAAAAAUCACCACAGUCGCGAAACCGUUGCCACCUUGCACUCUGGCCCGUGCUUGGAAAACAAGGAUUACUGUAGCGUCAAUCUAUAUUAUGAUCCAGUUUGCGGUUCGGACCAUAAGAUUUAUACUAAUAUGCAAUCUUUAUUUUGCGUUCGUCAAAAGCAAUCCAAAGAUUUAACAGCUGUACCGAUGACAGACUGUCCACAGAACGAUUUCUGUUACCGAGGUGGAACCGAACGUUACGGGAUAAAUCCGAUCUGCGCUAAUAACGGGCUAACUUAUCAAAAUGCGGCUCAGCUCAAGUGUCUGCAACGAUAUAAUUCCGGAUUGCAAAUUAUUCACGACGGUGGUUGUCGCGUGGAAUUUGUUCAUCAGCUUUAUGGUACAGCGGUUUGUGGCGUCGCGAAAGCGAGAUACGAGUGGAAUCCGGUCUGCGCAUCUGACGGAAUCACUUAUCCAAAUCCUUUCGUCUUUCUCUGCUAUCGCCCACAUCUGAACGUAAUUUUCAACGGAGAGUGCGAUACACACAGCUACAAAUCUUGCAUAGAGGCACAUACAAAUACGACGGUCUUGCCAAACGGCGAAUACACGAACGACGCCUUCACCGCGGACGAUGAGGUUUGCGGGAACGACGGUCGCACGUAUCAGAGUAUACAUCACUUGCAAUGCCAUACUCGUCACGAUAAAUAUGUAUUUUUGAAGCAUCAUGGAUCAUGUUCUGGACCGGAUGAUCAUCCUUGUGGUUCGGUACCGGAAGAAGAGCACAGACAACCAGUAUGCGGUACAGACGGUAGAUCCUAUGUGAGUCCAGAGGCCCUUUGGUGCGCUAAAUUACGUUCUCCGGAAAGAGAUAUUGCUUACAAGCACGACGGUCUAUGCUAAUGAAGACAUUGUCCGAAAUUGCUAUAUCAUCACGCGC